UCACGUGAUUUUGUUUACAUCCGAUAACUCGAUUCAACUAAAGUAUAAAAAAUUAGUAGAACGAAUGUAGAUUUAAUUGUUCUAUCUGACAGAUAAUCCAUUGCAUAAAAAUUGAUAUUAAUUGAAAAUAAUCCAUUAAAAAACUAAAUUAUAUUAAUCAAUAUGAUAAUGGACUAAUUAAAACAAAUUAUUUUGAUUUCGAAUUAUUUCAUUAGUUUAUAAUUUUUCAGUUAAUCAUCAAUCAUCAACAAAAACUUGUAUAUCUAAAAUUUAAAUAAUGAUAUAAAUUGGAAAUUGUUAAUCAAUUAUUCAUUAAUAUAAAAAUUUAUCCAGAGAAAGAAGAAUACUUUUUAUAUGUAGUUAUUUUUUCUAAAUUUUCAUAGCAUUUUAUAGAAAUUGAUAUUAAUAUAGGAAAUCAAUUAAUUUUUUAAAAUAUUAAAAUUUAUGUAUAUAAAUAUUACAACAACUGUUCAAUUGUUAAUUUAUUAUAAAAAGCAUUGCUUUUUUUAUGUGUGAAUAAAUAGUAUUAUAAAUUUUGAUUUCAUAUUAGGUUAUGUUAGGUUAUAAUGUAUAUAUUAUAAGAAGCAUUUCAAAAAUAAGAUAAUAUAUAUAUAUAUAUAUGUAAAUUUAAUUUAAAAAUAGAAUAAAUCUGAUAUAAGAAUGAAUGAUACACAAAGUUCACAGGAUAAAAUUCCAGAAAUUGUUAAAAAUGCUGUAUUAAUGCAAAGUUCUCCUAUACCAAUAGGAACACCUGUUGUGAAAGGAUAUGACUGGAAUAAAGGAAUUAAUUAUCAUGCUUUAUUUGAAACAUAUAAAAAUUCGGGUUUUCAAGCAAGAAAUUUUGGUUUAGCAGUGGAUGAAAUUCAGAAAAUGAUAAAUGCUAGAAAUAUUCCUCUUGAAGAUGAUCAAAUUGAUACUUUAGAAGAAGAUAAAUUUAUAAAAAGAAAGUCUUCAUGUACAAUAUUUUUGGGAUAUACAUCUAAUAUGGCUUCAUGUGGAAUUCGAGAUACUAUAAGAUUUCUUGUACAGCAUAAAAUGAUUGAUUGCAUUGUAACUACAGCAGGUGGUGUAGAAGAGGAUUUGAUAAAAUGCUUAGCACCAACAUAUAUAGGAGAUUUUCAUUUAGAAGGAAAAAGUCUUAGACAACAUGGUAUCAACAGAAUAGGAAAUCUAUUAGUACCUAAUAAUAAUUAUUGUUUAUUUGAAGAUUGGGUCAUACCUAUAUUAGAUGAAAUGUUAACUGAACAAAAAACAAAAGAUAUACUUUGGACACCAUCUAAAGUAAUAACAAGACUUGGUGAAAAAAUUAAUAAUGAAGAUUCAAUAUAUUAUUGGGCUGCAAAAAAUAAAAUUCCAGUAUUUAGUCCUGCUUUAACAGAUGGGAGUCUUGGUGAUAUGAUGUAUUUUCAUUCUUUUAGGAAUCCAGGCUUAAUCAUAGAUAUAAUUUCAGACCUUAAGAGAUUAAAUACAAUGGCUAUGAAAGCAGUGAAAAGUGGCAUGAUUAUUAUUGGAGGUGGUGUUGUAAAACAUCACAUUUGUAAUGCAAAUCUUAUGAGAAAUGGUGCUGAUUAUUCUGUGUUUAUUAAUACAGCUUCAGAAUUUGAUGGGAGUGAUAGCGGUGCUCGUCCAGAUGAAGCUAUUUCAUGGGGUAAAAUUCGAAUGGAUGCAAAACCAGUUAAAAUAUAUGCAGAAGCUUCUCUUGUGUUUCCAUUACUCGUAGGAGAAACUUUUGCUCGACAUUAUCAUUCAACAAAAGAAAAAACUAUUUCGGAUGUUUAAAAAGAAUUAAAUAAAAAUAAAAAGAAAAUA